GGACAUUGAGACCAAUGGAAGCGGAGGGAAGUAAAUCCGGGGGACAGUCUGCUGCAGGCUCACUAGUCCUCUGCCAUCCUGUCUCAUCAGUUUGCUGCCACUGAGGCUCUGAACUUGACAGCCACACGGACAGAGGAGACACGGCAACAUCCCCGCGAGGUGCGAGCGCGUUUCCGUGAUGGAGUCUCAUUUGGAAAGAAGCCAGAUCGGCUCAGGUCGCAAACAAGAACAUCAUUUCCCUGUAGGAGCACGUCUUAGGACAGGAAGGGACCUCAGAGGCCCCCCACCAACCCCUGGCCCCUGAGUCCGCUCCCCUCAGCCCUCUGAUGCCCAGGAAGUGGAGUCCUGCUGUCACGUCCUCGCUCUGCUUGUGGUCCUGCUGGUGACUUAGGACCGAAAGUUCCUGAGGGAGAGAAAGGUCCAAUGUGCCCCCUCCCACCAGGACUGUGGUGACUCCCCAUCACUCACCGAGUCAUCCUGGGGAGCAGCCCUGUCCCCCAGCCCUGUCUCCUGUGGGGCCUCCUCAGCCAUGGGGCCCAGUGGUGUCUGCGCCUGUCUCUGCAGCUUCCUUUGGACUUAACCACUGCCGGCCAGGGCCAAUGUUCUCUGUCUCCCAGAGCUAGGCAACCUCUGGUCUGGCUCCCAGCAUUCCUCUCUGGCCAGCCCUGCCACAAACACGGGCUGUGUGCUCUGCCCGCUGCCGAGAUAACACGCAGACAAACUCUGGCUAAAGGUACAUCAGAUAAUGGCAUCCACGGCCAAACCCCAGGCCCGCCACGGGGAAGGCCUGAGGAGGGGCUCCAGGGCCAGGUGAGGGGCAGGCGGGACUGUCUGCCUCUGGCUCCUCGGCUGAAGCCGCCCCAGGGAGGGUCAGGCGAGAGAAUUCCCCUGUCUCUGCGGCCCGUUAGCCAUGAGUGAACUCCACUUUUUGACCCCUGCGGGGUCCUCGGAACUCCAGGUAAACAGAAGCUCUCAGUGCUCCCUAGAGGAGGUUCCUGCAGCUGCUUCUAAGCCUCGACACAGCCUGGGCAUUCUCCAUGCCUCCUACAGUGUCAGCCAGCGCGUGGGGCCCUGGUGGGACAUCGCGUCUCGUCGACAGAAGUGGACCAGGCAGAUCCUCAAGGAUGUCUCCUUGUACGUCGAGAGUGGGCAGAUCAUGUGCAUCUUGGGGAGCUCAGGCUCGGGGAAAACCACCUUGCUGGACGCCAUGUCUGGGAGGCUGCGGCACACGGGGACCCUGCUCGGAGACGUGUUCGUGAACGGCCGGGCACUGCGCAGGGAGCAGUUCCAGGACUGCUUCUCCUACGUCCUGCAGAGCGACACUCUGCUGAGCAGCCUCACGGUCCGCGAGACGCUGUGCUACACGGCGCUGCUGGCCAUCCGCGGCGGCUCCCAGGGCUUCUUCCAGAAGAAGGUGGAGGCAGUCAUGGCAGAGCUGAGUCUGAGCCACGUGGCAGAUCGACUGAUUGGCAACUACAACUUUGGGGGAAUCUCCCAUGGUGAGAGGCGCCGGGUCUCCAUUGCAGCCCAGCUCCUCCAGGAUCCCAAGGUCAUGCUUUUUGAUGAGCCAACCACAGGCCUGGACUGCGUGACUGCAAAUCAGAUCGUUGUCCUCAUAGCAGAGCUGGCUCGCAGGGGCCGCAUCGUGAUCCUUACCAUCCACCAGCCCCGCUCCGAGCUCUUCCAGCUCUUUGAUAAAAUUGCCAUUCUGAGCUGCGGAGAGCUGGUUUUCUGCGGGACACCGGUGGAGAUGCUUCAUUUCUUCAGUGGCUGCGGCUACCCUUGUCCCGAACAUUCAAACCCUUUUGAUUUUUAUGUGGACCUGACAUCAGUGGAUACCCAAAACAAAGAACGGGAAAUAGAAACCUACAAGAGAGUCCAGAUGAUUGAAUCUGCCUACAAAGAAUCAGCAAUGUAUCGUAAAACCUUGGAGGAUAUUGAAAGAACAAAACACCUGAAAACAUUACCAGUGAUUCCUUUCAAAACCAAAGAUUCUCCUGGAGCCCUUUCUAAACUGUGUGUUCUCUUGAGGAGAGUGACGAGAAACUUAAUGAGAAAUAAGCUGGCGGUGACUAUGCGUCUCACUCAGAAUCUGAUCGUGGGUUUGUUCAUCGUUUUCUUCCUUCUACGGGUCCAGAACGACGUGCUAAAGGGUGCCAUCCAGGACCGUGUGGGUCUCCUGUACCAGUUUGUGGGCGCCGUCCCGUACACGGGCAUGCUCAACGCUGUGAACUUGUUUCCUGUGUUGCGAGCCGUCAGCGAUCAGGAGAGCGAGGAUGGCCUGUACCAGAAGUGGCAGAUGCUGCUAGCCUACGUGCUGCAUGUGCUCCCCUUCAGUGUCAUUGCCACCAUGAUCUUCUGCAGCGUGUGCUACUGGACUCUGGCCUUAUACCCUGAGGCUGCAAGAUUUGGAUAUUUCUCUGCUGCUAUCUUGGCCCCCCACUUAAUUGGUGAAUUUCUAACUCUUGUGCUACUUGGUGUGGUCCAAAACCCAAAUGUGGUCAACAGCAUGGUGGCCCUGCUCUGCAUUGCUGGGGUGCUUGUGGGCUCUGGAUUCCUGAGAAACACAGAAGAAAUGCCCCUUCCUUUUAAAAUCUUCAGUUAUUUUACAUUCCAAAAAUAUUGCUGUGAGAUUCUUGUAGUCAAUGAGUUCUAUGGCCAGAAUUUCACUUGUGGCAACUCAAAUGGUUCUAUGUCAACUAAUCCAAUGUGUGCCUUCAGUCAAGGAAUUCAGUUCAUUGAGAGAACCUGCCCAGGUGCAACGUCCAGAUUCACAGCCAACUUUCUGAUUUUGUAUUCAUUUAUCCCAGUUCUUGUCAUCCUAGGAAUAAUUGUUUUUAAAAUCAGGGAUUAUCUCAUUAGCAGAUAGUAAAGAACAUUGCUGCGAAAUGGAACUUAAGCUCCUAGAUGUACAUGACUGCUUUGAAUUUCUGAAAUAAGAAUGUUACGUGAUUCUUAGUAGUACCUCGUAAGACUUUUAACCAUUAAGACUCCCUGUGCCCCUUGGAUCCAUGCAGGCCUUGAAUGCUAUUCCAGGAGGGACAUGUGGUAUUUGGAAAUUGUGACUGAGCUGGUCCAAAGAUGUUCAUAAUAAUUCAUAAAGUUAUGGGAGACUAAUGUGACUAUUUGUUUUCUUUGUUCUAGACACAGAAAAAUAGGUCAGUUAAAGCUUAUGCUUACAUUUGAUAAAGGCUUUGGUAAAAAAGAAAACAUUUGACUGAUUGUAAGUAACAGAAAAAGUUGUGGUUUGAUUGAAGCAAAGCAUCACGCAGAAUUAGGUAAGAAUGCUUUCAUUUUCAUUUAAAAACCCUAUUUACGUGCACAUGUCUACAUAAGUUAACUGAUCACAUGGAGAGGAUGUUGGACAGACGUUGGAUAAAGACCCCUGACACAGAGCAGCCACUCAUUUUACUGAUGGUUAAAAUGAAAAAUGGCAGAAGUGGGCUGAACUGAGAACAGCACACUAGACAAAAAGAUUAGUUUGCUAGUUUUCACUUUCUGCUUAGUUUACUUAUAAAAUUAAAAGUAAAUGUUUCUAAAGUAUAUGCACUGAGAAAUGACAUUUUUAAGGUUGGAGAGCAGCUGUUAUUUAAAGUCCACAUAGAAAAGAUGCUCAAUUGACACAACAUUUACACUAAGAACAGAAUCACACACUAGGAAUUCAUGUUCUUGAAUUGUAAAGAGAAAGAAUGCUGAUAAAUGUAUAUUUU